UCCCGUACAGUAGUGUUGAUAACAGUCCGUUUGUUGACAUGAACGUCAUCUAUUCUCCACCAUGGCGGCGUCGAAAGACUUCGCGGUGCUGGACUUACAGAAUGGAUCGGAUGAGCUUGGGAUGGACCUUCAGUUUCAAGAUUUUGGUGAAGCUCGUACCCAGCCAGCAGUUGUGAGCAGCAGCCAACAUGAGCAAACCAUUCACUUCACAGAGUACCCUGACUCAGCCACAGAUGAACAAGAGCAGGAGAAGAUCGGACCAGAGAUUAAGAGAAGGAAAAAAGAUGGCCAGUCAACCCUUUUGUUGCCAUUUCAUCCAGCAGAGGUUCAGGUUGCUGCAGUCCUCCCUGAAGGUGUAACUGGACUAGUAGAUCUUGCUCAAGUAGUUGUUCUGCAAGUGAAAGAGAAGCAGUACACUUCACGUGCUGUUAAGGAACUAUCUCAGAAACUACCAGUCCCAACUCUAAGCCAUUUAAAAAGAGUUAAGAAAUUGGUUGCAGCUGAGGGAGAGACAGAGAAUAAAAAAUUGGAAAAUGAAGUAAAGAUUAAACAAGAUGUUAUGUUAGUUUAUCUUAGCUUUAUUGAGGACUUUGGUAUUCUUCCUGUUAAACCAGCUGGUAAUAAUAUUAUGCUCCUCAACACAAUGGAUGCGGAUAAAGUUUUUGCUGAAUUGAAGGAAAAGAAAAUUGAUACUUCAAUAUUUCUGGAUAGAGUGUGUGUCUCCAGAGUAGCCAAAUAUGCCCCAAGAGUUCGUGAGAUGUAUGACAAAGUUUCACCAUUUUGGCCAUGUGCCUUUCAUGAAGACUCCUACCUGACUCAGCUCUCUUCUUCCAGCUUCUUCAGUCAUGAAGAAAUGGAGAUAAUUGUUAAACACAUGAAUAAAGCAAUAGAAUUAGGUAACAGAGCAAAUCAGGAGGGAAAUCCAGCAGUUGGUGUUGUGGUGAUAAACAGCCAAACUGGACUUGUUGUAACUGUUGCACAGGAUUCUAGACAUAGACAUCCUUUGCAACAUGCUGCCAUGAUAGCAAUUGAUAAUGUAGCCUGUAGACAAGGAGGUGGAGUUUGGAUGCAAGAUAAUUUUUCACCCGGUCUAAACCUUGUGUAUGAACACUGUAAGGAGCAUAAUUCAAACACAAGUGUCUUGGACAAAGAAUUACGUCAGUUAAGUGAAGAAGAAAAAACAUGUUGUAAAGAUGUCACAAGUUCCACUAUAAAAACUCCAAUGACUCUGAAAGUAGAAGAAACUGUUAAUGACCCUGGCACAUCAUAUAUAUGUACUGGAUUUGAUAUCUACAUAACUCAUGAACCUUGCAUGAUGUGUGCAAUGGCUCUGUUGCACUCGCGUGUCCGCCGUAUUUUUUAUUGUUGUCCCCAUCCUCAGCUGGGCGCUCUGGGGUCGGUAACCAAACUCCACACGCUACCUGGAGUUAAUCACAGAUAUGAAGUAUUCACUGUAACUCCUACCCUCAUGGGUGAUAGUGAGGGUGGAGAACCAGCAGGACUGAAGGCAGGUGCAUCAUUCUGGACCUUUGACUUCUACCAACAAUUUUUUGAUGUUGAAAGUAAACAAGUUGGUGACAGAAUCUUGUGGUCUAUGGUGCCAAAACCUGGUGUCAGUUACCUACAGUCAUAUAUUCGACCAAAUCCUGAUCUUUAUGGCCCUUUCUGGAUUUGCACAACACUAGCAGUCACCACAGCCAUUACGGGUAACCUUGCAAACUAUUUGGCCACACCAACUAAUGAGACAUAUGUUUGGAGAUAUGAAUUUCGUAAAGUUACAUUUGCUGCUUCUGCCAUCUUUGCAUAUGCGUGGUUGAUACCACUUGCUGUUUGGGGAUUGUUGGUGUGGCGAGGAUCACGAGCAAAGAUAUCACUUCUUGAACUUCUGUGCAUCUAUGGUUACUCCCUCGCCAUAUUUGUGCCAGUGUCUGUUUUGUGGUUAGUACCACAGGAUUGGUUCAAAUGGUGCCUUGCUAUUGUUGCACCAGUAUUGAGUGGCAGUGUUUUAGUACGUACAGUGUGGCCGUCUCUCUCCCACGAUACCAAACAAGUAGCAAUUGGUAUUGCUGGAUUCAUCUUGGUGCUUCAUGCUACCCUUGCUCUUGGCUUUAUGCUUUACUUCUUCACAGCUCCAGCAGGAAAGGUGACUCCAGGUACCCCUGAUGUUCCUGUUGCUAAUGGAACUGUUCCCCAGCCACCAUCAACCAACCAAGGAACUGAGACAGUAGAGACAGACUCACAAGUGAAGAAAGAUAAGAAAACUGAUAUUCAAGAAGAAGACAAGGAUCCAGGUGACAAUAGUAAGAAGGAGGUAGGUGGAGGUGAAGGCAAAGUGUCUGAUGGAAGUAAGAAGACAGAAAAUAAGAAGGAGCAGAAAACUGAAAGGGAUAUUGAAGCCAAACAGAUAGAGAAAACAGAGCUCAGUGAUAGUGAAAAGGCCAUAGAGGACAAGACAACAGACACAAAAAAAGCUGUCUGAUACUUUUGACAUAAUUUUAUCAAAUUCUAUCAUUGGACAUACUGUACUGUGUUUUGUUAUAAAUUCUCUGUUGAAUGUUUGUGUGGUUUCAUCAUCCAUUUAAGAAAAAAAAAGCUAUUCCGUGGUCAUUACUCAAGUUAUGUGGAGUGUGUGUGUUUGAGGUUUUAACUGUUGUUUAUAUGAUUUAGAUGGUUUAACUGUAAACUAGGAAAGAAAACAACAAUUGUUGUGUUGAAGAGUUGCAUAUUUUUUUCCUCGCACAAAUUUACAGUUAUAUCUGCUGUGGAUAUAAGUGUGAAGCCUUUAUUAUGUUACAUAUUUGAGUUAAUAGUUAGAUUGCUUUGGAGCCAAGUACUGCAAUGCAUUGUAUUAUAUUUGUGCAAAUAGCAGUUUAUUUUAUCCCAAUCAAUACAGUAUUAUAGAAAUAAUGGAUUUGUUAGAAUAUAACCAAAUAUUAAAUGAAACUUAAGAAACUGUCUCAGUAUGGACAAGCUGUAAUUGAUUUUUAUUUUAAUAUUAGAAUGUUUUUGAUAAUAGGGUUAGUGUGUGUGUGUAUAAGAACAAUAAGGAACACUCCUUCCACCAGGGGCAGUUGGCUGUGAUGUUCAUGGACUAUAGUCUGUUCAUUGGAAGCUUGCAACUGAGGCCUAGGGUCAGUUUGUAGCAAGGCAGCUGACUAGUUGGCAGACGGACAUGGGAAAAGUCACUACAAUUCUUUUGUAUUUAACCUAUCAUAUUUUUUAUAUACAGUAUUAUGAUAUUCUAAGGCAGUGAUUUUCAACCUUUUUCAUCUCAAUGCACAGUGAGUCAGGUACUAUAAUGGUCGAGGCACACCAUCAGUAUUUAAGGAUAGAUUUGAUCAUUUAAAAGAAAAUGAAUGAUAAGAAUGUGUUCAUAAUUUUAAAAAACUAAUAAUUUAUUAAUUUUAUUGCCAAAACUAUAUCGUUGAUCAUGGUUUUCAAAAUAAUUUGAAAGUUUUAUGCAUAUGUGUUAUUACUACACAUUGAAACAAGAUGUCAUUGAAAAAGAUGACAUUCAUUAAAAAAUAUGAAACUUUCAGAUAUAGGUUGUAUUCAAAUACAAACAUGAGUAAAAAUAAAAGGCCUUUGCUUACAUAAAGAUAUCAGUGGGAAACCUGUGCUUGGUGUAGUCUCAUGAUGUUCCUUGUCUGAGGUCGAAUGGUUGACAGGCAUACCCUCAAGUUCUCCAGUGUUUGAAGCUGUGACCUGUUCUUGCUCUUCAUUGUGUUCAUGGCAGAGAAGCCAGCUUCACACAGAUACGAUGUUGAGAAAGGAAGAAGUGCUUCAAUUGCCUUCUUUGUAAUGAUGGGGUAUUCCUCUUGAAGGGACAACCAGAAUGAAGUCAUAUGUGUUGAUAGGUGCUUCAGUUUCAGUCCUCUGUCGUUUCUGAUUUCCGUCAGCUCAUCCUCUUCGGCAACAGUUAAUCCUGCUGACUCGCACGCACUUACCACAAACGGAUCUCUCACCCAGUCCAAGGAAGAUACAUCAAGUGAUGGGAAAUACUUUUCAAUGUUUUUACUCAGUAGCGACAAACUUUGUAGAAUUAAACUGACAAGAUUUUUGUCCAGUCUGCAACCUUUUGUCAGUUGAAACAUUUCAACUUUGUUCUUUUUUUUAUUCUGGCUUCCCACAGUGAUAGUUUUCCUUAAAAGAGCUAACUUUGUCAGUACAAGUCAGACUAUUUUCAUUCUUUCCCUGCAUACUCUUAUUAAGAGUGUUCAAGGCUUAGAAUAUAUCAGCCAGGAAUGCAACUUCAUUGCACCAGGUUUCAUUACUAAGCAGGUCAGCCAGCUCAGACUCUUCUGAUGUCAAAAAUAUAAAAAGCUCCUCCCUUAGUUCAUAAAACCGCAAAAGCACCCGGCCUCUAGACAACCACCUCACUUCUGUGCGUAGUAGAAGUUGUGUGUGAGCAGACUCCAUGGCAGAACACAGUGUUGAAAACAACCUUGAUUUUAAUGGCCUAUUUUUUAUAUAGUUAACUAUUUUGAUCGUCUCAUCUAAUACUUUCUGGAGCUCAGGUACUAUUGAUUUUGAAAUGAGGGCCUCUGUGCAGGAAACAGUGUGUGAAAACAAUGCCAGGGUUCUUUAUGCGCUCCAUAAAAGUACCAGUAAUGUCAAAAUGUAUCCAAAUGCUAUUUAAACUCCCGCGGCACAUUGGUUGAAAAUCUCUGUUCUAAGGGAUAAUAACUAAUCUAUGUUAUAUAUCUGAUAAUUUUCACAUGUGGGGAAGCAAAAAUUAGCAUGUGAAAUGCUCUGGUAUCAUAAAUGUCUUGAAGAGAACACAAACAUGAUGAACAAAUUCUGAGACAUAAACCACUCGCCCUGUGAUGUUACACAGCAUUGUGCAGAAUGUCGAUGAAAAUUUUUAAUAUUUUCUUAUUCUCUUUUUGAUAGCCAUAUUACCAGAGCAUUUCACAUGCUAAUUUUUGCUUCCAUAAGUGCGGAAAUUAUUAUCCCUUAAAAUAUUAUGCAGUACUGUACUGGACUGUAUAAAUAUGAUA